AUGAAAAUGAAUUAUACAAUUUUUAUUUUUAUAAUUUGUUGUUAUAAUAUAUUAUGCGAAGAAAAAAAUGUGAAAAAGUUGGAGUGCCAAGGUAUAUAUAUUUAUAAAGAAAAAAAAAAGAAAAAGGAUUUUUUUUUUGAAAAACCUCAUUUCGCAAUAUACAAACAUGAAGAUAGUGGUAUUUAUAAUUCUAACGAGAAUUUUAAUGGAUUAUCAAUUUUCAUAAAACAAAAAAUAAAAAAUUAUCAAAAGGAUAAAAAAAAAGUUUUUGACAACUUUUUAUGUAGGAUAUAUUACAGUGAUCAUUCUUCUUCCAUUUGUGAAGAAAUGCUGUUAAAUGGUAACAAAAAAAUAGAGAAAAAUAAAAAAAAAAAAUAUUUUGAAUAUAUUUCUUUUUUGAACAGAAAUAUUAAAGGGCUGUAUGUGAACAAUAAAUGUUUUGAAAAAUUAUAUAAAAACUGCUCUUUUAAUAUAAACGGUUACAUAAAUAAAAAUUGUUUAUCUCAUAAAUACAUUUUAUUUGAUUGGAAAAGUGAAAGAGAUAUGAAAAAAUGGGAAAAUCAUAAAAAUAAAAAUGAAAUAGAAAAUAAAGAUGUGUGGUCUUUUAUUUAUAUAUCUAAAACUGAUUUAAUAAAAUCUCUUUUUGCUUUUCAUAUAAAAAAUUUUUUUCUUUAUACAUUAAAGAAAAAAAAUGAAAGAAUUUACUUCCUUUUUAAUUUUUUUAUUACAAAUAACAUUUUAAAAGACAUAUAUGUUAUUAGUUUUAUUGAGAAGGUAGAUUUUGAUGGAAAAACAAAUGAAGCUUUUCAAGAAAAGGAUUUUACAUAUAAAUAUGUAUUUAAUAUUUCUUUUAAUAUAUAUCUCAAAAAUUAUAAAAGUAUUGAUAAUUUAUCCUUUUUUUUUUCAAAAUUUUAUUGUGAAGAUAGAAAGAAUAAAAUGUUUUUUAUGAAUAGUUUUCUCAAUAAUAAAAUAUAUAUUUAUUCGAAGGGAAGUAAUCAUUCAAUAACAUAUGAAAAUAAUUUAUAUUCAAACAGUGUUAAAAAAAAUAUUUUUUUGUUAUCUUAUAUUUAUUCCAAUAUUAGAAUUAGAAAUAAAGAUGAAAACACAAAGAAAGAUUUAUUUUUAAAUUAUGAUAUUAAGAAUUUUCCUUUUUUAGUUCAUGAUAAUUUAUACUAUGUAAAUGAUUAUAUAAUUUAUAAAGAAAAGUCAAAUGAAGUAAUUUCUAAAAAAACUAUAUCAGAUGUUUAUGUAAAUAAAGUAGUAGAAAACGAAGGUUUUAAUAAGAAAACAAAAACAAUCAUAAAUAUUCAUACAGCAAAAAAUAAUUACGAUAAUUUUUUUUUUUUAAAAAAAUGCAAAAUUAUUGUAGUUGAUUUAUAUCCUAACAAUAUAAUUAUAGAUAAAGAACAAACUGAUAGUCAUUUGAAAUUUUCAUUUGUUGAUAUAGAAAAAUAUAAAGACGAGUCUUCACAUAUUAUAACAAAAUUUGAAAAUGAAAAUUUAUUUAGAGGAAUAAAUUAUACUAAUAUAAUGAGUAAUAUACGUAAUCGCCUAUGUUUAAAUUUAGAUAAUGUAAUGGCUUAUCAAUGUAAUAGAAUUUCUCAAGGAAAAUCUAUAGAUAAAUUAUAUUUUCAUAAAAACAACUUUUCUGAUUACAUGAGAAAAGAUAUUUAUAUGCAAUAUAGAGAAGAUAUAUCUGAAAAUAAUCAUAACAUUAUAAAGAAAAGUUAUGAUGAAAAACAAAAAAAUUUAAAUAAAAUGCGUAAUUAUUUAAAUUGUAAUGGUAAUAAUUUCAUUUUUUCAUAUGAGACACCGUUGCAUAGUAGAUAUGUAGCACCUUGUUAUAGAGAUUUAAAAGAAAAUACAAAUUUCUGCACAAAAUAUGAUAUAGUAAUUAUUUCUAAUGCUAAGACUUUUUUAAUGUGUAUAGACAAUAAUAAAAAUAGACAGAAUAAUAAAUUAAGUAAAAUAUAUAACUAUAAUAAUUAUUCAAAUGAAAUUAAUAAUUAUAAUAAUUUUACAAUUUUUUCUGACUCAAAAAAUGUCUAUAUAAGUAAGGAUGAAAACAUUUUGACUAUACAUACAAAAGACUUUUAUAUAUAUUUGAAUGAAAUUUCCUUUCACUCUUUUUUUUAUCGAAAGGAAGAAGAGAAAAGAAAAAAUGAUAUAAAAUCAUAUUUAGAAAAAAAAGAGAAUUAUAAUGAAAUAAAUAAAAAUGAAGAUGAAAAUUUUUUUUAUGAAGAUAAUGUUUCUUUUAAUGAUUUUGUAUAUGUAAAAGCUAAACAUAAUAAAAAAUAUAAAAUAUUUAAUUUUAAUAAAAUUCACAAUGAUAAAAAAUUUCCACAUAAUGUUAUUGAAGCAAGUGAUGUGCAAAAAUUUGAUAUUCCUAUAUGUUACAACUUAUAUAAUUCUAAAAAAUUUAAUUCUGAUAUUAUUUAUAUAUAUUCAAUACCUAGAGGUAAUGAAAAUUACAUGUUUAUUUUAUAUAUAUCUUCACUUAUUUCAUUUCUUAUAAUUAUAUUUACCUUAUAUAUAUCUUAUAAAUUUGCUUAA